UUCUAAAUGAUUAAAAACCAUACAUUCAUACCAACUUAUGACAAGGACUUGACACUUUUAUAAAUAAACAUGGCUGCGACAAGUGUUCGUGGGACUUCUAGAAUAGUUGAGAAAUUAGAAAAGGCGGUGAAAGAUGGGCAAUACUAUGAAGCACACCAAAUGUACAGAACGCUUUAUUUUAGAUUGUCAAGCCAGAACAAAUAUAAGGAGUUACUUGAUAUGCUGUAUAAUGGGUCUAUCUUAUUCCUAGAAAGGGACCAGCAAACGUCUGGCGCAGAUUUGGCAUUACUGUUGGUCGACACUCUCUCCAAAUCAGAGACUAAAGAAUACAGUGAUUGGAUACCAAAGUUGUGUCGAAUAUUUUGUAAUAUACAACCAGCUUCCCUCCAAAGAGAUCAGUUUUUAGCCAAUGUUGUCCGUUGGUCAGCUGCUGAAAAACCUCAGGGCCAUCCAUUGUUACAUCAAAAUAUUGCACAGAUUUAUUGGAACGAGAAAAACUAUCAGCAAGCCAGACACCAUUACAUUUAUUCAAAGGAUGGUUUAGGGUGUGCCCGUCUCCUCAUAGAGUUCCAAAGCCAGAACGGCUUCAAAAGCGAAGCGGAUCUGUUCAUAGCCCAAGCCGUUUUACAAUAUCUUUGUCUGAAAAACAAAAAUACGGCCAGUCAAACGUUCACCAGUUACACUGAACAGCAUCCGCGCAUAAAGAAAUCCGGCCCACCUUAUUUGCUACCUCUGCUCAAUUUCCUAUGGUUUCUGUUGCAGGCUAUAGAAAGUCGAAAGUUGCAAACGUUCGCGGUGCUGUGCGAGCAGUACGAGCCGUCGAUAAAACGGGAUCCGAACUACAUCGGAUACUUGGAUAAGAUUGGUCAGAUAUUUUUCGGUCUUAAUCCACCGCAGCAGCAGAAAGCCGGCGGCAUUUUCGGCAACAUACUCGAGAGUUUUCUUGCAGGUUUGGGAGACGAGAGCGACGACGAAUCAUCAUCGGACAAGAACACUGCGAAAGCGUCAACGAGCAGGAACAUGUUAGAGAAUACGGAGCUGGACUAGGGGCUGUGGGGGCGCCAGCCCGUCUGGAUGUUAACUCCACGCUGUCCUAUAGGAGUAAUGUUUUAUUUGAAUAUAUGAUCUACCGGAUGGACGGUCAGUUCGAUUCGAUGGAUGGUUGGCCCUCCGCAUGCUAAUCAAAAGUGCUCUUUAACGAUACGUACUAAUUACACGGGUCUGACUCGAAAAUAAAGCAUUAGUUCUAUAUGCGGUUUGAUAUAUUUGUAUAAGUCGUUUUUUAUGAGGCAAGUUAUAGACGUUAUUGUAUAUUUAUUUUAUUUUAAUAUUUUUUUGUUAUAAUUUUCAUGUUGAUCGGUUCCAGUGGUUGACGUGGAUUAACAUUCGAUCGCUUUAAAUGAAAACAUGUUCAAUUAAAUUGUUUCUGUGAUUACUUAUUUUAUUGGGUUAAAUUCUGUCUUGGUUUUCGAUUAUAAAUGACCUUGCUUGCAAAAUAAAAUUUUGUACCAGCAGUGUCUAA